CCCUCAUCUAAUAGGCAGAGCCGGAGUUGGCUGGAGUUGAACGCGCAUGCGCGCCAUCGCUCUCGGGGAGCUGAGUGAAGAGCUGGAGCGAGAGAGACGCAUCUGUCCGUGUCUGCACAGGGACCACUUCUCAGUUCAGCUUUGUCUCUGAUGGAAUUUUGUGAUGAGGAAGGGGGGCGUGAUGCAGCCAAGCUGUAAACCUCGGUGGAACUUCUGCUGAGAAGGGAAUAAAGACUCCGUGUUAUUUGCAGUGAAACACCACCUUCUACUCUGUUACAAUCACUUGAGGGUUGAGCUCCAUUAAGUCUCCCAGAGUAAAUGCCAAAAAAAAAAACCGCGUGUUGCUGAAUUGACGUGAACAUUGUACAAGACAAGGCUACCGACUCGGCGUCACUAGGCUUCAUUUAAUCACUCGCUUGAAUACGUCUCGUCCCUCGGACACGUGCUAAUUUAACGGGGUCGCCGGGUCUCACCGGGUGACGGAAGGAGAAUGUUAGCACGAGCUUAUAGGGUCCUGUCUGUUUUCUUGUAGAGCCCUUAUUAUUCCCUGUGUUGUACCUGCUUGCAAACCCAGCUGUCAGUGCAUGGGGACAUCAUAUACAUUAACUGAUGAUUAUUGUUAUUGGCCUUUUCUAAGUGCUUCUAAAUGCAAUGCCUCGUGCCUUAGGUGGCAUCUCAUAUCCAUUUUUUUAAUAUAUUUCAACACCCAGCAUAAGAGGUCAAUUUAAACUCAUUUUAAACUCUUGAACCCUAAAUCAGAGGCAUCUUACAUCUUGAAUGCCAGGCAUUUUUGUUUUGCUUUGGUCUUCUUUAUUACCAAAUUAACAUAUAUUCACACAAACAAACUAAAAAAAAACAUCAAGUAGUGCAAAGCUUUGGGACUAUACACACACACACACACACACACACACAUAUAUAUAUAUAUAUAUAUAUAUAUAUAUAUUUGAAUAUAAUGAAAUAGGUGGGUUAGAGGCAGUGUGCUGCCAAUCAGCAAGGGGGUGGUUUCCAGGAGUUAGUAAAAUAGCCACACCCACCUGCCAUUUCAGAAAACACAGAACAGAGAAGAUAACAAAAUGCAUUGCAAAAACUCAAUUUCAUAGGCUGCAGGAUUAUAUACAGGGAUGUGAUAUUGUGGAAUGGAGUUUAAAGAGAGUUCACCGUCCAAGCUCCUGGCUAGAUGGAGUGUUACUGCUGCUUGGUGCACCACACAUGACUGAUUGGAUCACUUGUGAUACACACGCAAGCUAACAGGGACUGGUCGUCUUCCAAGGUGAUGGCAAGGAACAGUGCUUGGGAAAGGUGCCUGGCUUGAAUGCCCCCAGCCAAUUGGAGAAUUUGAUUCACCCAAAGGGACUGGAAACUGGCCCAGGUCACAGAUCUGGAAAAAUCAAAUCAAACCCAAAAGGAUCAAAUAAAGCGACCACACGCAGGGAGAAGAUGCCAUUCCACCAUGUGACUGCUGGCCUGUUAUACAAAGGAAAUAACUAUUUGAAUCGAUCACUUUCCACUGGUAGUGAUAGUGAACAGCUUGCCAAUAUCUCAGUGGAAGAGCUAGAUGAGAUACGGGAAGCUUUCAGAGUGUUGGAUCGAGAUGGUAAUGGCUUUAUUUCCAAACAAGAGCUGGGCAUGGCCAUGCGAUCCUUGGGUUAUAUGCCCAGUGAAGUAGAAUUGGCAAUCAUCAUGCAACGACUUGACAUGGAUGGAGAUGGUCAGGUCGAUUUUGAUGAAUUUGUGACAAUUCUUGGUCCUAAACUAGUAUCCACAGAAGGCAGAGACGGAUUUGGAAAUACCAUAGAUAGUAUAUUUUGGCAGUUUGAUAUGCAAAGAAUAACACUAGAAGAACUUAAGCACAUUUUGUAUCAUGCAUUUCGGGAUCACUUAACAAUGAAGGAUAUUGAAAACAUUAUCAUCACUGAAGAGGAAAGUUUAAAUGAAAACGCCGGCAACUGUCAAACAGAGUUUGAAGGAGUGCAUUCUCAGAAGCAAAACAGGCAAACGUGUGUACGGAAAAGCCUUAUAUGUGCAUUCGCAAUGGCGUUUAUUAUAAGUGUGAUGUUGAUUGCAGCCAAUCAGAUUCUUCGAAAUGGUAUGGAGUAAGCCUUUCACCACAACACUGUGAACAAGAAUAUACAUGCAUGCGCAUGCCUAGGUGAACUCUUUUCUUAAUGAAUAACUAAAGGAAACUAACUGCAAGAAGAAUCGUUCUGCAAGCAACACAAGGCCAUCAGUGAUGUGACUUGCAGAGCAAUUUAACCUUCUUGACAGGGACACAAAAGGGCUGUCUUUAAUGCUUUAAUGGGUUUGUUUCCUAAUGCAAUAAACAAACAGGAGUUCUGAAUUUUA